AUGGAACUAAAGGAAGAGGAAAUCAAGAAAUUUCGAGAUGAGAAGUCGGUGCUCCAAGGACGUCUCGAGUUCUGCUCUAAGAAAUUAGCGACGUUAGAAGAAGAUAUUGCUGAGGGCAAUAACACCAUCAACAAAUUGUUUGCAGUGAGUUUCAAUUUGGAAAUUUCAUCUUUUUUGUUCCCUGUGAUUCAUCAGAAAAAAAAAACAAGUAGUUUGUUAAUUUGAUCUUCAAACAAAUUUUGUCUCAUUACAGAAGGAAAACGUUGUCAAGGAGUUCCAUGAGAUAGAAAAGAUGCUCUACACGAAAAAGGAAGGAAAGGCGAAAGAGCUUCCAGCAGGAGCCGAAGGAAAGCUGGAUCCCGCAGUUGCUACAGUCGAAAAAUCCACGACGGAUCAAGCAGAAAACUCAGCGACGCAAAAAUCCAGAGCGCACAAGAAGGCAGAGGAGCUUGACUCCACAGUUGCCGAAACAGAGCCUGAUGCACAAAUUGAGGCACUGGAAGAUCCCGCAGAGGCUGAAAAGUCAGAAGAGGUACGAACAUUGAGAAAAGUUGGAGUUUGUCAAUUUGGUUAUAUGGAAAGCAAAAAAACGCAUGUUACACUUAAAUUUACAUUUUCCCAAAAAUGCCACAUUUCCGUCAUCUGUAGAUGGUCGUUCGAACAAGUUUUUGCAGAACGCGGCAGCCGCUGAGGAAUGUUGCUUCCUGCGACAACGCGUGCAGAAAACAGAGGCUCACCUAAACAUCGCAGUAGUGAGAAAGCUGUUUUGGACAAAUCAACAGCCACACGGCGACGACGACCAAGAAAAUAUCGAUUUCAAUCGUAAGAGCUGGACAGUGACUGUUGAAGGAUUCUGUGACGAGCUGAUCGCCACUUGUGACCGAGUCGACACUUUCUUGGCCGCGAAUCGCCCCUUUCUAGUUAGUUCUGUUCAUCACCUUUUGAAAUGACCUUUUAUUUCCAGACGUUACGUGAUUACGGGGGUUUGCUCGUUAAACGAUGGAUUGCUGAGAAUCGAGUGAAACAAGUUUCCGAAAAGCAAAACCGUCGUCCGAGUGUGCAGCUCGUCCAAAACUUCGAACCCGAUACUACGUUUAUUUCGGUAAACUUGUUUUUAAUCCCAAACUUUGAAGCGCAAAAAAAAAUUUCAAACUUCAAUUUCGAAUACUUGAGAUCGACCAAACACACCAUAAAAUAUGAAAAAAAUUAAAACAAUUUUAGACAUCUCAAUAAAAAAACCUGAAAAAAACUUUUUUUCUCCGAAACAAGUUUUUUUCGGUUGCAGGAAGCUUUCUACGAAAUAAGACACGACGGCUCGGAAUCAUUUGUGAAUAAUGGCAGAGAUAACGAAGAAAAGGUACAGAAAAAAAAAACGAAAAUCUGUUUUUCUUUGCAAAUUAAGAUUGCGAUCCCAUAACGAAAAAUCACAAAACUUCUUGUUACAGAUGCGAGAAAACACAGGAUCCCUCAAUACUACGGAAAAAUGAGGUCGAGGAAAAAUGAGACCGAGCCCGUUUCGACCAGUAACAAAACGGACAAAAGAAGAAUCAGAGGUACAGAAACAAAAAAACCGCUACCAUUUCAACUAGAGAACAUUCAAAUCAACUUUUUUUCCUUAUGAAAAAAAAUCCUUUCGAAUUAAAAAAAUAGCAACAAAUUAUCCUUAUCUGAUUAUUCUUAGCUUACGAACUCAGAAAAAUUAACUGAAAGUGAGUUAAACCACAAUGUUUGGGGCCUUUUGAACUCAACACACAAAAAUUUUUCCAUCUGCCAAACCAAAAAUGAUGGAAAGCUUUAUUAAAUUAUCACUCAUUUUUUGGUUUUACCUACUCGAUGACUUUUUUUCCAGAAAGCUGCAAACGAAGCACAGAACGUCAAGAAGCACAUCUACAACAUCAUCAAAGAUUUCCAUUUUGUCCAAAGAAGGACAGCCUUUUUGAAGAAGCAGUUAGCCGAUCUCCCUAAAAACACGUCGGAUAUUUAUGAGGAUAUCAAACACCUAAACUUGCGCAAUCGUGUACUGGCAUGGACAGAAUAUGCAUUUGAUAUCGAGGAAAGCUUGAACUAUGCUCUUCAGUACGCAAACACAUUUUCGAUCGAGAAUAGCAAGAAGCUCGUCAGUUUCUUUUUCUUCUUUCCGCCAAGUUUUUUUUUAAUUGCAGAAUAGAAACAGCCGACGUUGCUUUGACAAGUGCAUUCAUGACGCCUUCAAAUUAAUCCUUGAAAACAAUUGGAAGCAAGUGAAAACGGCGCCCCUGACUGACAUCUCCAGAUUCUGGCAGGUACAGCUCAAAAAAUAUCAAGAAGGGAUAAAAAAAAAACGAUAUGAAAAUUUGAAAAGUCUAGAUAUUUACGAUUUAGAGUAUUCAAACUUCAUGAAAAAGGCGCUUUUUGUAAUUUUUUAAACGGUUUUGGGCGGUCAGUGUUGCUUUUGUUCCACUUAUUCAAAACUACUUUCACAUUUUUUCAACCUUUUGCAAACCUGAAAAUAGAUUCGAAAUGACGUUUCGAUAAAUGUCGGGCCAACACGUUUUGAGUUCAUUUGAACGGACUGUGAAGUUUUCUUUGGUUCUAAUUUUAAAGUUGCAGGUCGGCUCCGGCCACGACUCCACUUUUCACAGCUCCGACGGGUGCCGCGAUUCCUUCUCCAACAGCUCCAACGUCCGCCAAGAUUCCGUCCCCGACAGCUCCAACAUCCGCCAAGAUUCCGUCCCCAACAGCUCCAACAUCCGCCAAAACUCCGUCUCCAACAGCUCCAACAUCCGCCAAAACUCCGUCUCCAACAGCUCCAACAUCCGCCAAGAUUCCGUCCCCAACAGCUCCAACAUCCGCCAAAAACUCCGUCUCCAACCGCUCCAACAUCCGCCAAAACUCCGUCUCCAACAGCUCCAACAUCCGCCAAGAUUCUGUCUCCUACAGCUCCAACAUCCGCCAAGAUUCCGUCUCCAACAGCUCCAACAUCCGCCAAAACUCCGUCUCCAACCGCUCCAACAUCCGCCAAAACUCCGUCUCCAACAGCUCCAACAUCCGCCAAAACUCCGUCUCCAACAGCUCCAACAUCCGCCAAGAUUCCGUCCCCAACAGCUCCAACAUCCGCCAAGAUUCUGUCUCCUACAGCUCCAACAUCCGCCAAGAUUCCGUCCCCGACAGCUCCAACAUCCGCCAAGAUUCCGUCCCCGACAGCUCCAACAUCCGCCAAAACUCCGUCUCCAACAGCUCCAACAUCCGCCAAAACUCCGUCUCCAACAGCUCCAACAUCCGCCAAAACUCCGUCUCCAACCGCUCCAACAUCCGCCAAAACUCCGUCUCCAACAGCUCCAACAUCCGCCAAGAUUCUGUCUCCUACAGCUCCAACAUCCGCCAAGAUUCCGUCUCCAACAGCUCUGACGUCGACGUCACCGGCAAAGUUCGAUUUCUUUAUUAGAGUUUUUUUCAUUUUAAAAAAAUUAAUUAGGCGCAAAACCUGAUUUUUUUGGAAAGAACUUAAGAAUUGAUAGUAAGAAUGUUCAAAUUCCCUGAUUUUCUCCGUUCACGAACCAACGUUUUUGACAUUUUUACUUCCAGAACCUGACGCAGAACGCUACUGCGGCUUUUUAUAUGUAACCCAAAAUAAAUCUUUUUGUUUUUGAAACUUCACGAAAUUUUUUUUUGUUACUUUCGCGCAUUUGAAAAGUUUUUUUUUCAGAAAGUAAUCGUGAUGGAAAAAAUCGGCAAUUUUCGCAUACACUUGUACCGUUUGGUGAAGGAUAUCGACGUUUCUACUCGAAGCAUAGAUAAGAUGAAGACGUCCGGAAAAGGGAAUCGAAGUUCUCACGAAACCCGUCAAAGCUGGACUGGAUACCGCGCCGCCACUCUUCAAGAGCUCAUCGCCACUUUGAAAGAAGUCGACAUCUUUCUGCAACAAAACAAAGAGCAUUUGGUUAGUUUUUAUUUUCUAUUACUGUUUGUCUAUGUAUGACAUUGCAGGAUGAGAACGAAAAGCGCCGUCUAGAGAUACAGUGCCGCAAAGCCGAGAAGAUCUUGGAAAAUGCAGCUGAAACGCCAGUUGAACCCGCGGUGGAGCCAGAAACAGCCGGAGCCUCGAAGGUACAUUUUUCAAGUACGAAGUACACUCAGAUGAUUUCGAAGCCUUGAAGUGAAAGUAAAAAAAAAAGGAUGAAACUUCAGAACUUCGUACUAUUAAUAUCAGUUUUUUUUUCACAAUACCGCAGUUUUUUUAUAAUACAAAAAAAUAAAAUUUUUAAACGGUUUUUCGGCUAUAGAUGAAAGCGGAAAACACUUCGUUGGGUAAGGAAUUCGAAUUUUUCAUCUCUUUCUCAUCAGGAUUAUAUGAGGCAUAUAAACCGUUCAGGGGUUUUUUCGAAACAAACUAUACUGACAAUAGAUUUCUAUUCAAUUGAUAGUCCUGAGUUGCAGAAUGUCUCGGGCCGCCAAUUGCGUCACAGCGCCUACGACAUCGAUUCUGACGGCGAAUUAAAAGCUGGCGACCCUUGGUAA